CUAAAAUUAAACUGGGGGCACGAGUGGAGUCCCUCAAGAUAGAAGCUUCCAUUUCCGUAUGGUCCAUCCACCACCUACCCAAAUACCUAAUCCUCAAAUUUUUCCUUUUUUAUUUUUUUGUAAGAAAACUGUCCAUAUUCAUUGAAUAUGAUUAAAACCUUAACCCCAUUAUUGAUCAUCACAUCCUGUAUAUUCCCUUUUUGUUAAUUAAGUAGUACCCACUCAUUUCAUUCUCUGCAAUUUUUUUGAAGCCAUGGGAGACAUUGAUUCAUCUUUCGUUCAAGACCUUGAACAUAGGCCUAACUUCAGAGGCGUUGAAAUCGAACAAAUCCCAGUUAUUGAUCUCUCAGUUUCAACCCCAACUGAAACCCAACAACUCAUUUCAAAGAUUGGAGAUGCAUGCAAGAAAUAUGGGUUUUUUCAAGUGAUUAAUCAUGGAGUGCCACUGGAGCUGCGUCAGAACACUGAGAAGGUUGCAAAAGGAUUCUUUCAUCUGCCAUUGGAAGAGAAAAGGAAAGUGAUGCGAAACGAGGUCGAUCCUAUGGGGUAUUAUGAUUGUGAACAUACAAAAAAUGUUAGGGAUUGGAAAGAGGUUUUUGAUUACUUGGUAUUGGACCCAACUUUAAUCCCUGCUUCUGCUGAUCCUGAUGAUGAAGAGCUAAGGACUUUGACCAAUCAAUGGCCUCAGAACCCUUCUGAAUUCAGGGAGAUAUGCCGAGAAUACACAAAGCAGGUUGAAAAACUAGCCUUCAAGUUGCUUGAAUUUAUUUCUCUGAGCCUAGGCUUGCCAGCUGAUCGGUUGAAUGGCUACUUCAAGGACCAAAUCAGCUUUGCUAGGCUCAAUUACUAUCCUCCAUGCCCUGCUCCACAUCUAGCACUUGGUGUGGGUCGACACAAAGAUGGUGGUGCCUUAACAGUCCUCGCUCAAGAUGAAGUUGGAGGACUGGAAAUUGCCUUGAGAUCAAACGGCGAGUGGAUUCCGGUCAAGCCAAUACCAGAUGCCUUCAUCAUCAACAUCGGCAACUGCAUGCAGGUGUGGAGCAAUGAUCUGUACUGGAGUGCAGAGCACAGGGUGGUGGUGAACUCGGAGAAGGAAAGGUUUUCAAUGCCAUUUUUCUUUUUCCCAGCCCACUAUGUCCAAAUUAAGCCACUGGAGGAGCUGGUGAAUGAUCAAAAUCCUCCCAACUAUAAAGAAUUCAACUGGGGAAAGUUUUUUGCUAGUAGAAAUCGUAGCGAUUAUAAGAAACAAGAAGUCGAAAACGUCCAAAUCGAUCAUUUUAAGGCAUCAGAUUAGAUAUUUCAAAUGGCUUCCAUGUAUCUUUCUGCAAAUAAAUGUGUUGGCUUUAUUUGGGGUGACGUUUUAUAAAUAA